GGUGAAACUAAUUGCUGUCCUUAAGAACCUGGGCUCAUGCUGCAAUUCUGCUCCAAGUGAAGGCUGGGAGAAGAAAUAUUAGAAAGGACUUUGACAAGGGAUGACCUUAAAGAAAGUGAGAUCCUUCUUAGUUAGGAAUUCAGUAACACUUGCCAGGAGAAUGCCUUCUAUCAAUGACACCCACUUCUAUCCCCAUUGCUUCUUCCUGCUAGGAAUACCAGGACUGGAAACUUUGCACGUCUGGAUUGCUUUCCCAUUCUGUAUUGUGUACCUGAUUGCCAUUGUGGGGAAUAUGACCAUUCUUUUUGUGAUCAAAACUGAACACAGUCUACACCAGCCCAUGUUCUACUUCUUGGCCAUGUUGUCUGUGAUUGAUCUCGGUCUGUCCACAUCCACCAUCCCCAAAAUGCUAGGAAUCUUCUGGUUCAACCUCCAAGAGAUCAGCUUUGGGGGCUGCCUGCUUCAGAUGUUCCUUAUUCACAUGUUCACAGGCAUGGAGACUGUUCUGUUGGUGGUCAUGGCUUACGACCGCUUUGUUGCCGUCUGCAACCCUCUCCAGUACACCAUGAUCCUCACCAGUAAAAACAUCAGUAUCCUCGCUUCUGUGGUUGUUGGAAGAAAUUUAGUUCUUGUAACUCCAUUUGUGUUUCUCAUUCUGCGCCUGCCAUUCUGUGGGCAUAACAUCGUACCUCACACAUACUGCGAGCACAUGGGUCUGGCCCGGUUGGCCUGCGCACCUAUCAAGAUCAACAUAAUCUAUGGGCUCGUGGUGAUUUCUUAUAUCAUUGUGGAUGUUAUCCUGAUUGCCUCUUCCUAUAUAUUUAUCCUUCGAGCUGUUUUUCGCCUUCCCUCUCAAGAUGCCCGACUAAAGGCCUUCAACACCUGUGGUUCCCAUAUUUGUGUUAUGCUGUGCUUUUACACACCGGCAUUUUUUUCUUUUAUGACACAUCGUUUUGGCCAAAACAUUCCCCACUAUAUCCAUAUUCUUUUGGCUAACCUUUAUGUGGUUGUCCCACCUGCCCUUAACCCUGUCAUUUAUGGAGUCAGGACCAAGCAAAUCCGAGAGCAGGUUGUGAAAAUAUUUGUACAGAAAAAAUAAUUCUGUGAUACAGUUUGGAUAAAUAUAGCCAUAUACAACCCAAAUAAUCAUCAUCUGAGCUCCAUUUUUAACCUUCUGUAAUGGUCAUGCUUGUCAGAUUUUUUCAUUUUGACUAGAAGUGGUUUAGUGUUGACAGAUAACACGAAGCUACCUUUGCUGACCAUUUCUCCCACUUCCCUCCAUGUACCUGGAAAAAAGCUACAGAAAACGGAGAAGGUAACUGUGCUGAAGGUUGAGGUGGCUUUAGAGUAGAAUUGCUUGCAAACAAGGGUGAGAGGUAGCUCCAUUUUCUCCAUAUGUCUUCUCUCUAGAUGAAUUUAGAUCCUGAAGGACACUGAUCAGAUAAAUCUUUUUAUAAAUGAACAAAAUAAGCUAUAAUCCAGCAGCAGUGUCUGUUCCAUAGCUUUCUAUUCUUUAAAGAAACCAAAAUUUUGUCUUUUAUCUGCAAAAUAUUUGACUCCCAUGUUUAUUUUAAUGCUCUCUCAGUCCGGCUGUUACUGCCAUUUUUGCUCCUUUUCUUCUUUCAGAUUCCUGCUCUUUCUCGCUCUCUCUCUUUGUGAUGGCUAAUAUUGAGUGUCAACUUGAUUUGAUUGAAGAAUACGAAGUAUUAAUCCUGGUUGUGUCUGUGAGGGUGUUGCCAAAGGAGAUUAACGUUUGAGUCAUUGGGCUGGGAAAAGCAGACUCACCUUCAAUCUGGGUGGGCACCAUCUAAUCAGCUGCCAAUGUCACUAGAAUAUAAGGCAGGCAGAAAAAUGUGAAAAGACUAGAUAGCCCUAGCCUCCCAGCCUACAUUCUUCUCCUGUGCUGGAUGCUUCCUGUCCUCAAAUAUUGAACUCCAAGUUCCUCAGUUUUGGGACUCAGAGUGGCUCUCCUUGCUCCUCAGCUUACAGAUGGCCUAUUGUGGGACCUUGUGAUCAUGAGUGAAUACUUAAUAAACUCUCCUUUG